CCCCCUCCCUUCCUCUCUUCUCUUCUCUUCUGGCAUCCCCCAUCCCCCAUCGCUUUAUGUGCUUCCAUACAGCCUGAAAAUCAACCGGAGGAGGAAACCUUCACACUCGCGGAGAAUAGACUGACCCUCAGCAACCCAGAAGAUCGCUUAUAACCAGAAUCACAGACUGGACCAGGGUGACCCAUCUAAACCGUCUCGCACUGAUUUGCAUAUCCAUUCUUCCUACCUCCUUCAUUUGCCUUUCCUUCACUGAGAAUGGCAAGCGGGCAUUCCACUGACAAAUUCAGUUUUCUGUACCCAACAGACACCAGUCAGAACAUUAAGAGUAAGAACAGGCUGUCUUCCACCAUGAACCCGGUGUACAGUCCAGUGCAGCCGGGAACCCCGUACGGAAACCCCAAGAAUAUGGCAUACACAGGUUAUCCUGGAGGUUAUCCUACGACUGCCCCGACCUACACAGCCAACCUUUAUCAGUCAAGUAGCCCGGGAUACCCACCAGUGCUGCUGGUGAAGCAGGCCUGGCCCCAGACGGCAUCUGCUCCGGGGCCCGCAGAAGGCUCCUAUGACCUGGCCAUGGACGCUGGCUCAGAGAGCAGGCAAUACCAGGCCUCAUCUACAGCAUUCAGAUAUACUGCAGGAACGCCUUAUAAAGUGCCCCCUACUCAGACCAAUGGAGCCCCUCCGCCCUAUUCCCCGUCUCCUAACCCCUACCAGACGGCCAUGUACCCCAUUAGAAGUGCCUAUCCCCAGCAGAACCUCUAUGCUCAGGGUGCUUAUUACACACAGCCUGUGUACGCCGCCCAGCCUCAUGUCAUCCACCACACCACCGUGGUCCAGCCCAACAGCAUCCCCUCCGCCAUCUACCCCGCUCCUGUACACGCGCCCCGCUCCAACAGCAUGGCCAUGGGCAUGAUGGCCGGGACAACGAUGGCCAUGUCUGCCGGAACGCUGCUGACCACCCCUCAGCACACUCAGAUCGGAGCACACCCCGUCACGGUGCCAACAUACCGACCCCAAGGAACACCUGGGUACAGCUACGUGCCACCUCACUGGUAGAGCCCACCUGCCAAUCAUAUCUGGAGUCAAACAUUGUAUGCAACUACUCAAGUCUUACAUCGGCGCUCUGUGUUCAACAGCGAGGCGCCACGUCUGUUUGCAAGAACAAAAGA